AUGGCGUUGAGUUGUCUCUCUUGCUUUGCGGCAAGCAACUUGAUUUUACUGAUAACUGGAGGGUUAUCUUUGCCUUUGUACUUUUCAUAUUUUGGUUCCGAAGCAGCAACAAGAUUUUCUUUGCUUCUUUGUUUACAUUCUGUCCUACUUGCGGCAAUACCAAGGGUUUUGGUGAGUAUUAUAUUCCCGUCCGGCGGUUUUUAAAUUUUAGGUAGCCAGAAGUAGUACCCCUCCUAUUCAUAGUAAAGUAAGCUAACUCUUAAACUGGUCGGCCUGAAACUUUAAUAUGCCCUUCAGGAAACCUUCGGGAAGAAAUUUUGGACUGUUCAAGUUUCCAUUCCUGUGCUUUUACAGUUCCUUCUAUGUUAUAGUUAUUAUGAUAGAAGAAACCCCGGGUAUCCGAUCGAUAAAAUCGAUAAUCGAUGACAGUCGAAAUCAAUCAAUACCAAUCGAUAUCAGUAAAUCGAUUGAUUUUGAUAAUUGAUGACCAGUCGAUGGCUAAGAUUCGUCGGGUUAUCGAUUGGUGUCGAUUUUCAAUAACAAUCGAUAAAUAAAUUGGUAUCUAUUGGUUGCAGAUUGACACAGAAAUAUUUGCAAGUACUGGCCAAAGGGGAUCCACAAGCUCGGACUGUAGGCGGCCGAGCUGUCCACGAUGGUUAACAACUUAAAAGGCGUUUCCGCGUUCUCCCCUCCUCUUGUUAGCAGUAAACACUUUGCCGGCGUUCACCUCAAAACGGCAAAGGUGAUAGCCUCUGACGAUGCACCUUAUAUUCAGUAAAGCCUCUUCCCGGACUUCUUGGGUAGACAUGAUGACAUGGAAAGGCAGUGACGGGCAAGUGGGUGAUUCAAGUACUUGUGCAACGGGGUAUAUUCUUUGCAUUGAGAUGACUGGGUCAGAAUUGUAUACCAAUUUCUUCCCCAGGUCUUCCUAGAAAUAGCGGAUGAUUGGACAGGUAGCGUGCGAGACGUCUGUGCGAGGUUGCCAUGUUAAUCAAUAGUAAUCAAUGAAACGUUUUUGUGUGGUUAUUGAUUGAUCAUCAUUGACCAAUACCAAUCCAUACCAAUUAAUAAUUAAUUUUAUCGAUUGAUAUGGAUUGAUCGUUUGGUUUUCCGAUCAUCUAUUUCCAUCAAUCGGGUGCCCCAGGAUUGAAACAGGUAACAAGUAGGUUCGCCUACCAUCUCGAUCUCUGCCAGCACGUUAUUUAACCACUAGGUUCUUACACGUGGGUUUUAACUAACUUUAGUACAAUAUCAGUGCCACUGUUAAGCAUCAAUAAAUAACCUUAACUUGACAGAAAUCUGCUUUACCAAUGCUGCAGUUGUUGUUGUUUGUUACCCUUCUGCUUCUUCCAUUCAACGUGACUCCACAUUUGAUUGUCUGGAGUUAUCAGAAGAUUCUUCAUCUGUCAGAGUCUGCUUUUUUGCUGACUGAAGCUGUGUUGUCAGUGUUGGUGGUGAUGUUUGUAAGCCAGUCUAUUGUGAAUGAGAUUGAAGAACACCCAGUUUUAGUCAAGGUAAAAGGUAACAUAGGAAGUAAAGUGUGCACUCUGAUUGGCCGAUGAUCUUUUUAUUAUUUCCCAAUGGGUAACUACACUAGUGAAGGCCAACCGCCAUCCUCGAGGCAGUAUCAGUAUGUAUCAACUUUUAUGCACAAAUAUUUUUAAAAAUUUUUUGUGGAACCUAUGUUAGAUGAAUAUCCAGGAUAACAAUAAAAAAGGUUUUAAAAGAUAAGUUAUAAAUAUUAUUACCUUCAAACAGAAAACCUUUGAUACAUUAGUAAAUGCCAUGUGGUCUACGUAAUUUUGCUGUUCUUUACAUGGUCUGAAAUGGAUAAACAAAACCCAAGCUGGAAAGACCACAAUGCAUUUAUUUGGAUGAAAGCUUUUGUUAAUUUGUCAUGAAGCUGCAUUUGCACUACAGUCUACUGACAUGUCAUGCCUGCACUGAAGUAAUUUAUAUUCUAAAAAUAAAUGUUAUUGUUUAAUUUAGAAAAAAACGUCAGUUUUAGUAAUUUUUUUUUUUUGCGUAGUCUAGUAUCCUAACCAUCUCAGGAGUUGCAUAUUUUCUGUCAAUGUUCCUUGGUUACAAUCUGUUUGCUGAUAUUCACACCACAGAUAUGGAAGCCUGGUAAGAAAGUCUCUGACUCUCAGAUUUUUUUUCACUUAUGAAUGGUGUUUGCAAUAACCACGCAUACAUUUAGAAUUAACACAUUAGGAGCCAAUCAAUAUAGUUCAGUUUUAAAUUAUUAUCAAAAUUCAUUCUUGGCUCUGAGCAGGCUUUUAGCCAGACAUUGAAAACUGGUUGUGCAGAGGCCUGUUUUCCCAUAAAAUUAUAAGAGAUUAGGUGAAUUUUCCUCCUAUUUCUUCCAAAAAUGGGCGUCCAUAGGAUAGCUGGACACCCUUCUGGCUAAAACCUUGGCUCUGAGGCCGAAGGGAUUUGAACAAAAGAGGUGAAUUAUUAAACCUGGAAUUUAAUUGAGACCAUUAUGCACCUUGUCUACCCCCGAAAAUUUUACAUAGGAAUUGUUUUCAAUUCCCCCUGGGUAUUACAGUCAUCUCAAGAGAAAUUUUGGGGGGUAAACAAGAUGCAUUUUGGUCAAUGUGAGAAUGGUGACUAGCCCAUUUUUUGCUUUACUCCUCAGCCUCAGAGCCAAGAAUGAAUUUUGAGAAUUCAAAACUGGCCUAUUGAAGAACAAUGAAACUUCUUGUUCUGUUCAGGGUUGCCAUUAAGGGCCAAGGGCUGGGGACUGGGUAAUUUCCGUGGCUAACAUGAAUGCGACCCUUGCAUACUUUCCUGAGAGAAUAGAAGAAAAAUAUAACCACUAGAAAGCUCUGCCUAUUGCUGACACCAGCUGCUGUAUUUCUAGUUUGUGCCAUAGUGUUUGCCUUCACGGGUUCAACUUCUUCACAGUAAUUUUCCUUUUUGAUUGAUUUUCACGUUUUAAACUUACCGGUAAGUUAACAUGCAAAAAUCAAUCAAAAAGAAAAAUUAUUGUGAAAUAGUUGAACCAAUACAAUGAAGGCAAACACUAUGGCACAAACCAGAAAUACAGCGACUGUAGGCAAUAGGCAGAGCUUUCUUUUGGUUAAUAUAUUUUUCUUCUAUUUUCUCAGGAAAGUAUGCGGAAAGUAUGCCAUAAGGGCAAACGUGCACAUUCUACUGUUAAUCAUUUUAUUGGUCAAAAUGAGUUCAUCAUCGACAUUUUUUUUUGUUUUAUCACUCAAUUUCUUGCAGGCAUAUUUAUGAAAAUUAAUGUACUCUGUUACAUCAAUAUACUCUAUUGCAGGGUAGGAGGAAUUGCAGUUGUACUGUCUGUUCUUGUGUUUUUCAUUUGUUUGCAGAGGGAGGAAGGUAUGAAUCUUUUGUAGUUUGCAGGAAAUUAGUCCACUCUAACUAUUAUACAUACCUUCAACAUGGACAGCUAUAUAAAGCAUUGCCUGCCGGGUAUCUCAAUAUUUUAUAUCUGAAUUUGAUUAACUCCAUGAUUUAAUUUUUUAGUGUGGACAAAAGCAUGGUGAUCAGUGCUUUCUAAUAAAACGUUGGUAUGAAGCAAUUAAUUAAUAGAUUUUUGUGAUUUUUUUUUUCGGGUGGGGAGGGUGUGGUCAAAUAAUGUUUAUUGUUUUAUUUGAUUAUUAAGUAUUCCUUGUAGGAAUUAUCUCUGAUGCUGCAGUCAUUAGUCUUGUUAUGAUGUUUAUAUCUUGGGCAAUAAAGCAAGAAAGGUUAAUGCAAGAAAAUUCCCUGGAUGCACCAACACAAUGGCUUUAGUAAGUAAAUCCACAUUUUAUAUCACUAUCAAACAAAUAUUUACCCAGGAGGCACGCUGUUACAAAAUCCUUCCUCCAGCCCUUUACCAGGACAGGUUGAAUACGAUCACCUGACAAAAUUCGAUCUCAAGAGAAUGGUUUCCAUUCACUCCCAAAGCUUAUGCGCACUGAACCUUGUAUUGAUAAAAUUCAAUCUAACUGAAAUUAAUGACCUUUAUAUUGAAAGUGCAAAUGAAAUUUGAAAUAGAACAUUACUUUAAAAACUUUCUGGCGUCUGUCUGUCUGUUCCCAACUUAACGGGAUCCCGUUCAAAAUAAGGUAAAAAUUUAAAAAAUUGGCGUUCAGCAGAAAGAAAAGCAAUAUGUUAUAGAGAGGAAAUCAGUGUGCCUACAAGAAGUUUUCAUUUUGCAGUGAAAAUAAAUUGACACGAGUCGAAGCUUAAAGAGGAAAAAUUGGGGGACUUUAGUUCACGAUCAUUCAUUCCAAUUAACAGUGGUUCCUAAAAAUAAUAACGAUUUUCUUUCAUUUUUAUUUUUAAACCAGUUCAUUCACGGGCAACCGUUCAUUCCUUAGUCUGUUUCUGUCAAUGGCCACAGCGAGCUUAGGUAAGUACUCUGUUGAGCUUUUAAUUGAUUUUUAGUUCAAUCGUGUAUGGUCCUUGUUUUUGUUUGAGAUGGUUCAUGUGCAUGAUUUGGUAUGCUCCAUUGUACAGAUGAACCGCCCGAUGUGCGAUCACCUCUCCUGAUCGAGCAUACAUUGCAGAAAAAUUCGUUCACUUCAAGUACAGUUUGCGCGUGAAAGUUGUGGGUGAAUAUUUUUCGUUCUUUAAGCCAAGAACGGGGAACUCAGUAUUUUACACCUUGACUGAAUAAACUUGUAUCGGAACGACUUGCACAGUCGAAACGACCGGUAACCUCCAGAAAGCCAAAACCUUCAUACAUAAGUUGCAGUAUUACUUGCAAAAAGUAACUUAUUCUACCCAUUGCAGCACUUACAGUUUGUACCGAAACUCCUGAAACGGUAAAGGGUCAUUUCACCCCAGUUACUUAGCCCCUUAUUUUCUAGUCAUUUAAAUGUGUAAUACAUUUCGUUCUUGAAGCGAUGUUAAAGGUUACUUAGGGGGCUGCUUAAAUAACCGGGGCGAAAAGACCGUCAAGAUGUUCUUUUUAAAGGAUGCAGUCACUGAUCUCAUUGCAACUUUGCUUGGAGCGGAGUUAAGAGGCUUUCAUUCAUUUCAGAAGCUAAUACAGGUAAUUUUUUUUGUAGAACACAUGUCCCGUGCUCAAAGGAUAAUAUCUAUUUUCCUAUCACCCACAUGUCUACUGUUUGCUUUGGUGAGAGUCGCAAGUGUUCUUGCUUUGGUAGCAGCCGUUCAACUUUCCUACUCUCAGAAGGUAUAAAACUGUGUGAAAAUGAAUAAUGAUUACGUUCAAAGAGUUAAUAGUUUUACAGCAUUCCACCCAUAUGCUAUAGCGCGAUCUUUAGUCGAGUGUCUUUAACUGAUUGUUUUUCUCGCCGUUCUUCUUCACUAAAUAGGUUGUGUUGCGAAAAAUCGAAGAGAAAGAGAAACGGAAAAAUCAGUUUCGUGAGGGAGGAAAACGGCUUAACGACAGCGCCCAGUGACGCGAUAAGCUGAACGAAAGCAAGACCUUAAUCACAGCCAAAAUGAUCUUAACAGUAUUUUGAAAAAAAUGGGUUAUUUCCACUCGAGUCUGUUGUAGUUUGUAAUUGCGUGUAAAUUUUCGGUUAAUACCCAGUCCCUCUGAUUGCCCGGCUUGUUCCUUCGGAUACGAAACCGAAAUGCAUAGUCGUAAAGGCCUGGGAAAACUCCUUUGAGACUUCCGUCUGCUUUUUUGACGUUCUCGUUGCCGUCGCCGUCGUCGUCGUCGUUUCUUAGGGUGUGGUAAAACGGGCAGCAAAAACGUGCAACUUGUUUUGCAACAUUGCUGCAAAACGAGUUGAAUAGCGAUGUUGCGCGUUUUACCACCCACGAUCAAACCGGUCUUGCAACAAAUCUGGUUAAUGCAGGUUGCGAAACGUUGUUGCAGGAAGAAGAGAGUAGUUUACUUUUUGCAACAAAAUCUGUCAGCCCAUGUUGCGCGUUUUACCGGCCUAAGGCAAACUUGUUUUUCAGGAAGUGUUGUAACCCACGUGUUUGUCGUGACUUCCGCGUAAUUUUAUCCAAUCAAAAGUCAUAUUCAUGUGUCUUGCAACAAUUGUAAGACAGGUUGAACAUGUGUGGUGAAACGUGCGUCGUUGCUCUUCAACUCAUUUUGCAGCAAAGUUGCACGUGUUUCUUGUCUGUUUUACCGUAGCUUUAAGUUCCCUAAUGACCGAGCACGUAAAAUCAUGGACAAAAGUCUUGGCACACUUUUGCGUUUCUGGGGCGUUUUCUAAUUCACACAGGUCCAACCCCUCCCCUCACACCACAAACCAUGUUGGACGCGUGCAUCCAGAAUUUUUUUCCGAGUUUCAACUCUGUAUAGGGUUGGGGGAGGGAGAACUGCAAGAAAAUUUCGAAAAGAAUGCACUGUUUUAACAGGGAACCGAGAAAUGACCAAAAAAUAUGAAUAUUACAGUACUGUCUCAGGGACUUUUGUCUAGGAUUGUAGCUCAAGGUCAUUACUUUGAAGAUGAUCGAGGAGAGGAGCGAAGGCUUUUUCUGAUUGAAUGCACCUCUAUUGUUUUAGAACUAGCUAGUCAUUGUUUAAUUCACUGAACUGAAACAGUUAGUCAUCAUUCCCGAUAGUAACUUCUUGCUCCAGUUCAGUGACCUUAUCCUCAAUGUUUUGAAAAUAAAUCCUCAAUGUUUUGAAAAUAAUAACCAAGAGAGAAUAGCUCAUUCUCCCUUGUAAUAACCUGUUCAAAGCGAUUGAAAGGUGCAUCAACUAUACGUACUGCUGCUAAAAGUUACUUCGUCACAAACCAGUCGGUUUGAUACUGAUGACAGUUUCGUAUUUUGUUUAAGGAUGAAGAAUGCAGCACAUUGUGCGAAGAAGAACCAAGAAUUUACAGAGGUUUCCGUCCUCUUUACCUUCGUUUGAUCAUAAUCUUUGUGUACACUGAAGUGGUAGUUCGCACUAUAGACUCUGCAACUUCGUAUAACGCUCACGAUAUCGCCAACAGAUCUUCCAACAGAGAUGUAUUACCAAUGUUAACAGGCAUCAAAGUCUGGCGAAUUAUACAGCUUUUAACAGUUACAAUUACCUACCUCUACCAGCUAUUCAAGCAAGCGGACUAAAAAAUGAGAUGCACUCUUCAAAGUGUUAUUGGGGGCGCUCUGGCGGCUUAUGCUAAAUCAUGAAUCAUCAUAUGCUACCAUUAUUAUGAACGUUAACGAUAUUUUCGUUUGACAUCAGUAUGACCAUUAUCCUGUUCAAAACGGUGACCAACCUGGGGAUGGUUGAACGGUCGCAUGUCUAUAAAGUCUGUGUAGUUUGCUUGUGGUGGCUAUUCCAAAAAAGCUCCCUGCUUCUCGGCGACCUAUAAAGGUGACCAAAGAGCAACUAAUCGGGAAGGAAUAUCAGAUCCACGAACGAAAUCAUUGCCAUCGUUAUCAUUACAGGCCGUAUAAAACUUGGAUGCCUUGAACAAGAGAGGAAGAAGCUUAACCGUGGUCUGAACUGCAGGAUUCCUAGCCGUUUGCAUUGUUUUGCUCUCGCCGAUUACGGUACAGAACACCGUUGCGUUGCAGAAAGUUUUCUUCGCUUUUAUAUUGUUUUUUUGAGUGGGUAUUGUUCAUUUUCUUGUCUUCCGUUACUGCGUUUACAGUUUCUAUAGAAACUGAAACACUACGCGGCCAUUUUCGCAAAGGUAACCCAGGCUCUGUGAUAGUGCCACUGGUCGAUUCCUGUAAAAUUACCGUGUUUGUAUGGGGUAAAGUUGCGCUCCUAAAAUCUGUAGGAAAUAAAAGUCACUGAC